CCUCUUCCGGUCCGCCGGAUUAUGAAUGGCGGUGGGCGGGGGGCUUCCCAGACACAUUUGCUUCUUGAUUAUUUCUAGUUUCCCCCACCCCUCGGGGCCUCACUGGAGGCGAGUGCUCCUCAGGCCGCGGCUUCCAGAAGGAGCCUCGGGAUCCCGGCUCGGGCUGGGCGGGAAGGCGCGGCGGCCUGCGUCGCCCACACGCUCUCGCGCACUCCCUGCCUGGCCGCGCCCCUGCGACCAGGCUUGCCGAUGCUGUCAACAUGUUUACAUUUCAUGCUGUCAAUCCAUGUUAACCAGAGAUCAGAUUUAGCUGCAAGCUUUAUUUAUGACUCCAUAGCAACGGACACCUCUUUGAAUCUCCAGAGAGAUUAUAUACUUCUUCCGUAACUAAGAUUUCAGUGACCCGAUGAAAACAGAAAAUGAAAGGCAUUAAGAAAAGCCCUGCAGAAGAAUCUCUGUACCUGGAGUACUCUCACCAAACAGAAGGGUGCAUCUUUCCUCUCCAUACCUCUGUAGCUCUGUUUCUAUUAUCGUACUGUGACUGCAAGGUCUUUACUAUUUGCUUAGUCCUCUCCGAAGAAAAUGCAGACACUUCACUCCUGAGAGAGGUGCUGUCCCAGGAUCUGGACAUACAGGUUAUUUCAAGGCAGGCUCUCCCACCAAUCGUCCAGAAUUGCUGUCUGCCUGCGGUGGUAGAACAACCAGACGUUUUCUGUAGAGCAGGACUUGCUGUUGUCCUGAGACACAUAAUCCAGAAAUCCUAUGAAGCUGAGCCAUCGCGAAAGGAAAUUUUGGAACUUCUGGGUUUUAAAAAGACUUGUUUGAAAGCCUGUGCAGAAGUUAGUCAAUGGACCAGGCUGUGUGAACUUACCAUCCCUCUAGCUGUUGAGAAUUUUCUCCAAGAGUCUUCUGAUCAGCCCCCAGCUAUCCCUGAAGAAAUCCUACAGCUCGAGAGAAAACUCAGUGAGCCUGUCAGAGUACACAAUGAUGACAAACUCCGCAGACAGAAGCUGAAGCAACAGAAGACUGCUGGAGUCACGCCGCUAUCCAGCAAAGGAAAAGCAAAGGGCAAUGCUGGUGCCCAGCAACCAUCCAAAGAGUUGGCUGGCUCAGCCAAGAGUCUGGAACUGAAGGUGGCAUUCUCAAAGCUCACAGUGCAAGACACCACAACUGCUACCAACAGGGAGCCUUCCGACAUCAGAAAAGCAAAAUCCUCUGACCUUCCGCCUCUGGAGCAUGUGUUUGCAGAAGGCCUGUACUUCACGUUGGCAGACAUCGUGCUUUUGCCCUGUGUUCAUCACUUUUUGGUAAUUAUCUGCAAGAAGUCUUCUGAGAAGCUGGAACAGUUUCCACUGCUAGCCUCUUGGUAUCAGAGGAUUCAGGAAGUGCCAAAAGUAAAAACAGCAGCUUCUAAGUGUGGGAUCCACUUUCUGUGUUUGCCUGAAUUGCUGAAUUCUGCAAGUAAAUCACACCUGAACUCUAAUGAAGUGGUAGCCGUAGAGGAACAAAAUGAUCCUUUAUUUACAGGAGGACCAAGACCAACUAUGACCAAGUUAAUGGAAAAAGGCAUUGAAGCAGUGUUUUCUCCGCACCCUUGUCCUUCUUGGACCCUUGACUGGAAAAGCCUUCCUGCUGCUGUCAGCCCAAAGGAAGGCAAAAUGUCCACUGACCGAGCUUUAAGAAAGCAGCAACAGUUAAACAACCUUGUUUACAUGGUGCUAAAUCAAGCCAAACCUGGUGACAGAAUUGUGGAUUUCUGCAGUGGCGGGGGCCAUGUUGGGAUUGCUCUGGCACAUGUGCUGCCUUCCUGCCAGGUUAUAUUAAUAGAAAACAAGGAAUUAUCAUUGAUCCGUGCUAAGAAGAGAAGUGACGAACUAGGCUUAAGCAAUAUAUGGUUCAUUCAAGCAAAUAUGGAGUAUUUUACAGGAAUGUUUAACAUUGGGGUGGCGCUGCAUGCUUGUGGAGUGGCAACAGACAUGGUGAUUGAGCACUGUAUCCAGACACGGGCUUCUUUCAUCACCUGCCCUUGCUGUUACGGCUUCAUUCAGAACACGUCCAAGUUUAAUUUCCCAAAAAGUGAAAAAUUCAAGAAAACUUUAUCAUACAAGGAACACAUGAUUCUGUGCAGAUUUGCAGAUCAGACAGCUGUCCAGCUUCCACCCCAGAGAAGACUCAUAGGGAAGCAGUGCAUGUGCCUGGUGGAUAUGGACCGUGCAACCGCAGCAGAAGAACACAGCUACUCUGUUCAAGUGAUAUCUAUGGAGCCAGAGAGCUGCUCGCCCAAAAAUAACAUGAUCGUGGGUGUCCCCAUUUAGAAUGAAGCAUUCACUCUUGAUGUUUUGCCACUGGCUUGCUGAUGAAAGCCCAGGGGCAUGCAGGGAGUUCUUGGUGUCUUACUGGAAGCAGCAUUGACCAUCUUGAGCCUGUCCAAACUUACAGGGAAUCUUGGAAGAAGGACACUUAUUGUGUGUGCUGAAGGGUGACGGGCUGUCUGGAGGGAAUGCCCUGAAGCCUCAGCUGCCAAAAGAAUCACUCUCACUGGCCAAGUUUCCAUCAGCAGAGCCGUUUCCUUACACGUUUACUUGAUUGUGUCAGUGGGAUAUUCAAAUUGAGUUAUGUCCUUGAAGCCUUCAUUUUAUAAUCUUCAGAUAGUCACACAUGGUGAUCAAAACUAAACUGAAAGGUGGUUGUGGUUUUUAUAGUUUUAAAAAACAGUGUAUCUUUUUAUAGUUUUUGUUAAAUCUAGAAUGGUAAUUAUGGUGUGGUGUGACAUAUUUGUAUCAUGGAGUAUACUUUUAAAUGUAUGUCCCAUAAAUAUCAAAUGAGAUUAUUACUGGUUCAGAUACUUCAUGUGAAAAUUAUAAGUCAAUUGCACUAAACUACACAUUAUAAAUGAGUAAAAUUUAGAUAGUUUUUUUUGUUUGUUUGCUUUGGUUUAGUUUUUUUGAGACAGUAUUUUUCUCUGUAUGUAGCUUUGGAGCCUGUCCUGGAACUAGCUCUUGUAGACCUGGCUGGCCUCGAACUCACAGAGAUCUUCCUGCCUCUGCUUCCCGAGUGCUGGGAUUAAUGGCAGCUGUGCUGCCAUUCACUAGAUAUAAAUUUUAACUAAAUAGUAAAUCUAUUCAUUAUUUAAUUCAAGCAUAUAAUUAACAAAUGCUGAGAUCUAUGGUUUUCAAGACACUGCCCUAGGUUUUUCUGAAAAUACAAGAAUGAACUACAUGAGGUACCUUGCCUUGCCUACCAAAGGAGAUCUUCUAGAUCUAGAAGAAAAAAAAACGAAAAAUAAUUAGUUAAGUUCUAUAUAUCAUAUCAUAAUGUGUGACUUUAUAUUUGGGUGUGAGGUGUGCAGACUCUGAAAACUCAUUUAAUGGUACUCUGCCUACAUUCUUUCGUAAUGACAGACACAGACAGCCGCUCCUGUGCUGCUAUGACUAAACAAGAGUGUUAGAGUUGACUAUUUAUUUUAUAUUGAUGUUUUUAUAUCUGAAGAAGAAGACCUUAAAGACUUUAUUUGGCUACCACUGUGCUUUAAAUACAGGAAUAAUUUUGAUUAAACAGUAUGGAUGGGGAGGAAGCUUUGCAGUUUUAUGAGGUAUAAUUUGAGAUGAGAAAUAACCAUCAGGCCUAGAUAUUUUAUAUAUUGGUACCUGUAACUACAACUUAUUCCACUUCUUUUUAAAAAUUGAGAUAUAAUUUACAUAUGAUAAAAUAUAUAGAUUUUUAUCAUUGUUUUAUUUAAUUGAAAGAAAUUUUCAUACAAUAUAUUCUGAUUAUGGUUCCCUCCCUUGACUUCUCCAAGUUCCUUCCCACCCCAUCCACCCAACUCCAUCCCUUUCCCUCUCUCUUUAGAAAGCAAAAAAAAAUCAAAAAAUUAGAAUAAAAAAGAGAGGAAAUAUAUCACAAAAUUAGAAUAAAAAAGAAACAGAGAGAGGAAAUAUAACACAAAAAAGUCAGAAACUAUAAUAUAUAAGCAGAUUACCAAUAAAACAAAAAAGCCUAGCUUAACAAGGACCUGACUCUGAAGGGGAGCAGAGAGACGGAUAUGGAAGGGUUUGUUUGGAGAAAGGGAAGGGAAGGAGAAUUGUUAUAAUCAAAUUAUAAUCUCAAAAAAUUAUAAAACCAAAAAUGCUCAAACAAAGCAACAUGAGAUAAAAAGUCUACAGAAACACCAUUGAGUUUGUUUUGUGUUGGCCGUCUACUGCUGGGCAUGGGGUCUGUCUCAGUGAGGGUUUCUCUUGUAACCACAGCAACUCUUAUGAAGGAAAACAUUUACUUAGGGCUGGCUUACAGUUUCAGAGGUUUAGUCCAUUAUCAACGUGUCAGGAAGCAUGCGGCACACAGGCAGACAUGGUGCUGGAGAGGAGCUGAGAGUUGUGCAUCCUGAUGUGCAGGCAGCAGAAGAGAUUGCCACACUAGGCCUAACGUGAGCUAGUUCUGAAACUGCAAAGCCUGCCCCCACAGUGACACACUUCCUCCAACAAGGCUACCUACUCCAACAAGACCUCCUAACAGUACCAUGCUCUGUGGACCAAGCAUUCAAACACAUGAGUCUAUAGGGGUCCUUCCUAUUCAAACCACCACAGGACCUAUUUAUUCUUAAGUGUAGCUAAUAUACCCAGUGAAACUCCACUGGAGAAAAGAUGGAUGGGUCUAAUUUUGAAUCCACUGAGCUGACGGUUAUUUUGUUUAUCUUAAUUGUCAAAACUUCAUAGAAAAAAUCUGAAAAGCAGGUAGCUUUAUUUUCCCACCAUUUUUCAUUGCUUUGGCUGCUUUAGAACUAUUAUAAUUCUACAAAAAUCUCAGAAUUGGCUUCCCAAUUUCUUUUUAAGUCUUCUAAAAAGAACAGUUGGGAGUUUUAAUACUGAUCUUGAUCAAUUUGUGAACACAGAACAUAUUAAUAUUGGAUCUAUAAACAUGAAUAUAAGGCAAAGGUUUCCAUAUUUUCAGGUCUGAUUUUAGGUCUCCUUUAAUUACUUGGUAAUUUUUCCUCAUGUUUACCGCAGAGGAAUUUAUAUUUAUUUGUUUGAUGCUAUUGUUCUUGAGCUGUCACAUGCUAAUCUCACUACCCAGAGUAAUCUCCUUUUAUCCUUCCACUCUUGUAAGCUCACUUAUUCUUAGAUCUCAAGGAAGUCUCUGGCGCUGAGAAACCUACUACAGAAUUCCUACCACCCAAGGGAUCUCUUCAGUCCUCAGGUGACUCCUGGUACCCCUCCCAGGAUUGAAAGCUCACAUAAUAAUUACAGAGGGAAAAAUAAAGAAAGGAAGGGACCCCACUGAGCGCCCACCCUUGUUCUCAGCAUGGCCUUACCUGUGAUGAUUGUGGUUGUAAUAGAUAUUGAUACUGUGACUGCUCUAAAAAUAGUUUUUCUCAUAAUUAAAAGCAUGGCCAAGACUCUUUCUCAUCCAGUAAAAAUAAAAGGAACUGGCAGCAAGCAAGAGGAAGAUGGCUACAAUAACAAUAAUGUCAGCAAGUGACCUGGUCUCACCCCAGUGCUGCUCCCCCUCCAUUUGUCUUCCAACAGAGCUCAUUUCUCAUUGACUUCUGGGGCUGACUCAGAGAAGCAGGUCUUUAAUUAGUAAUAGCUAGACUACUUCAUCUAAUGUGGGAUACAAGUUUCAGUCAUACAGGAAAUAAAAGUAUUUUCAGA